ACCAGAUUUUUCUUGGCUUGGUUUAAUUGUUGAAGGCAAGUGUUUUCUUGGUAGUCUUGUUGAGUUAAUUCAAAAAACUGCUUAUGUAAAGAGCAUAAUUCUUCAUGCUAAUAUCAUCUUUGCUGAAGGCUUGUUGGUAUUUGCAGCAAGAGAAUUCAAAAAUCCUGGCUUGA